CGCAGCGCCGACCCAAGCAGCAGCCGCAGGAGGCCCCGCGCCCGCCCCGGCGCCCAUGGCGGUGCCGGACUUCGUGUCCCGGCAGCUGGAGCUGCUGCAGGAGGAGAGAGAGGCCGAGAUCGAGGAGACCAGGGCAUGGCGGGAAAGCAUCUUCCUGAAAGAACUCCAGCGCAGAGGGGUCUGCUUGCUCAAAUUGCAGGUAGCAAGUCAAAGAACUGGGCUGUACGGACGGCUACUUAUAACGUUUCAGCCUAGAAAAUAUGAUCCAGAGGCGGAGCUGCCCUGUAACAGCUUUGGGCCUGGUGACAUUGUGGGUCUUUAUGAAUCUGCUGGUCAGGGUGAUCCACUUUCCACAGGAGUUGUGACCCGCAUAACCCCCAAAUCUGUUACCGUUGCCUUUGAGGAGUCUCGAGAUGGCCUGUUGAGCUUGGGCCAAGAGAAUUCCUACCGCCUGCUGAAGCUAGCCAAUGAUGUCACCUACAAGAGGCUGAAAAAAGCUUUAAACACACUAAAUCAGUAUCACUCGGGUCCAGCAUGCAAUCUUAUCGAUAUCCUCUUCUUUUCCUCUGAUCCAAGUGCUCCUGGUGAAACAAAGCCUUUAAAAUUCUAUAAUGAAUCACUGGAUGUCUCCCAGAGGGAGGCUGUUUCCUUCUCACUGGCACAGAAAGAACUUGCCAUCAUCCAUGGACCACCUGGAACUGGCAAAACCACUACCGUGGUCGAGCUAAUACUUCAAGCAGUGCAGCAAGGCCUGAAAGUCCUGUGUUGUGCUCCCUCAAAUAUUGCAGUGGAUAAUCUGGUGGAAAGACUGGCUGGCUAUAAGGAGAAGAUACUGCGUCUUGGUCACCCUGCUCGUCUGCUGGAGACCAUCCAGCAUCAUUCCCUGGAUGCAGUCUUGGCACGUGGCGAUAAUGCCCAGAUAGUGGCAGAUAUCAGGAAGGAUAUUGACCAGGCAUUCACAAAAACCAAAAAGACCCAGGACAAGGGGGAGAGAAGUCAUUUCCGAAAUGAGAUUAAGGCACUGAGAAAGGAGCUGAAGGAGCGAGAAGAAACUGCUAUGACUGAAAUCCUUACCCGGGCUAAUGUUGUUCUUGCAACAAAUACAGGUGCUUCCUCUGAUGGUCCACUGAAGUUACUUCCUGAAAAUCACUUUGAUCUGGUGGUGAUAGAUGAAUGUGCUCAGGCACUAGAAGCAAGCUGCUGGAUACCUCUGCUGAAGGCCAGAAAGUGUAUCCUGGCUGGGGAUCACAAACAGCUGCCUCCCACAAUCAUAUCUGACAAGGCUGCAGCAAAGGGUCUUUCUCUCACCUUAAUGGAGCGUCUGAUUCAGAAAUUUGGUGAGAGCAUAGUGAAGAUGCUGACUGUGCAAUACCGAAUGCAUCAGGCCAUAAUGCAGUGGGCCUCCACAGAAAUGUACUGUGGCCGACUCUCAGCUCACCCUUCCGUGGCGCAUCAUUUACUGAAGGACCUGCCAGGAGUUGCUUCUACAGAAGAGACUAGGAUUCCACUGCUGCUUAUAGAUACAGCUGGCUGUGGCUUAUUUGAGCUUGAAGUGGAAGAUGAACAGUCUAAAGGGAAUCAAGGGGAAGUGCAUCUUGUCGGCUUGCACGUCCAGGCUUUGGUGGAAGCUGGUGUUAAAGCAAGAGACAUUGCUGUCAUUGCUCCUUACAACCUCCAGGUGGACAUGCUAAGAGAGCAUCUUUGUCACCGAUAUCCAGAGCUGGAAAUUAAAUCAGUAGAUGGCUUCCAGGGACGGGAGAAGGAGGCUGUCGUGCUCUCCUUUGUGAGAUCCAAUCGGAACGGCGAGGUGGGUUUUCUCGCUGAAGACCGGAGGAUAAACGUGGCCGUGACUCGGGCACGCCGCCAUGUGGCAGUCAUCUGUGACUCGCGGACAGUCAGCACCCAGGCCUUUCUGAAACGGCUGGUGGAUUAUCUGAGUGAGCAUGGGGAAGUGCGGACGGCCUUUGAGUACUUAGACGACAUUGUGCCAGAAAAUUACUCUCACAAGAACUCUCAGGGUCAUGGCGAGCAAGGGGCAGGGCCUAAAACCAGCACAACCUCUGCUCCUAAACCUCCACCUGAAGGCCGGAAAUCCAAAUCCAAUCCAGCGAAACCAUCCACACGCAAGCCAGCAGCAGGUCCCUUGCAGAGUGUGAAGGAGGCCAGGGUGGAAAGACCAGAGAUGAAAGACAAUUCAGGCAAGUUUAGAGCCAUGAUGGUGGAGUUUCUGGAGAGCAGCGAAAUGCAGUUGGAUUUCCCUUCAUCCUUAAACUCGCACGACAGGAUGCUGGUGCACCAAAUGGCCGAAGAAUAUGGAUUGCAGCAUGUAAGCACCGGGGAGGGGAGAGAGAGGUACAUCAGCAUCAGCAAGAGAACCACCACCGUCAGCUCCUCUCCAGUGAAUGCGGGUGGCAGUGAGCAAACCCUGCCUGCCAAAUCUCAAAGCCCUGCAAAAGAGGCGUUAGCCCCUGUCAAGAAAGGAGGAAGCAGCAUAAGCUCAGGGAAAGUGGAUCUGAAAACGCUGCACCUGGAGAGAAUGCAACGGGAAAAAGCCAAACAGGAAGAGAGGGUCAGAAAGAAUCAGGAGCUGAGCACCAAUUUGCAGGAAAUAGCUGGAAGGAAACUGAAAAAUGAAGCCAAAGGAAAGACUGUGGUUAAAACCGGAGCGGACAGCCCAGCUGAAGAAGAUAUCGAUGCCCUGAUUUCUGCUGCAGUGAAAGCUGACAAUAUAUGUGGUUUCCCCAGGUGUCAAGCCAGCAUUAUCACCUUGGGACAGCUCUGCCUGCAUUGCCACAAGCGCUUCUGCCUCAGCCAUCACAUCCCAGAGAUUCAUGGGUGUGGGGAGAAAGCCAAAGCACAAGCUCGGCAGAAAAUUAGCAGAGAAGGAAUUCUCUACGCUGGGAGUGGAUCAAAAGACAAGUCACUGGACCCAGCAAAAAGAGCUCAUCUCCAGAGGCGCCUGGAUAAAAAACUUAAUGAAUUGACCAGCCAGAGAAAGAGCAAAAAGAAAGACAAAGAAAAAUGAGGGAUUUACUCUCAGAGUCUGAAUUCCAUCAUGUUUCCCUUUUGGGACUGAUAUUCCAGUUGAACACACAGGGAUGUGGAAAGCCAAUGGGGAUCUUAAAUCUAUGGCCUUUGUAACCUGAGUUCUUACUGUGCUGAAGACAGAAAAAGAACCUUUUCGUUUGGAAGAGUGUAAAGCUUAGAGCUGCUCUGUGACUGUAUGAUGUGCUGCAAAAUAAAUAUCAGUCAAGACCAAUCUAAAAUGCACUGCUGGUAAGGGUGGGGUAGGGGAGGGGGGAAGGUUAUUUGCUUUGUUUGGCUCGUGGUAAUGUAUACAGAGAGGAUGCACGGAAUUACAAUAAAGAAUGGUAUGAAACCCUGUAAGCA